AAAACUGUAGAAAGCAAUCCUCAGGAUUUUACAGGCUGGGUAUAUUUGCUUCAGUAUGUAGAACAGGAGAAUCACUUGAUGGCUGCCAGGAAAGCGUUUGACAAAUUUUUCAUACACUAUCCAUAUUGCUAUGGUUACUGGAAAAAGUAUGCAGACCUUGAAAAGCGGCAUGACAACAUUAAACAAUCAGAUGAGGUGCGUACAUUACUGAAUAAAAUUAUCUCCAUUAGGUACUGUAAGCCAAAUAAUAAAACAAAAACUUUUUUUUUUUUUUUUUUUUUUGGCUGGCAGUACCUACGAUUUAUGGUCAAACAAUUUUAUAGGGUAUUUUAUUUGCAUUUGUCACUCUUGUGGCAUUUGUAGCUAAUAUUUUCUCUCUUUGUUGGCAGGUGCGUUAAACCUCUACAGUUUGUCAAGCUUUGCAGUGCAAGCCUCUGUAUUACACUGCAGCUUAACAAGUAGGGCAGGGCUUUUCUCUCACUUACAUUUAUUUCUCAUUUUCCAAACAAUAUAGUUGGUUUGCUAGUCACAUUUGCUACGUCUUAUUGCAUUUUUGGUCAGACGCUGUCAUUGAUGCUCUAAUGGGUCUGUGCCCUAUGGUCUGUAACCCAAAGCCUGCCCACACAACCCGGUCAGAAUGCAGGGACUGCUGCGCUUUGAAGAUCAAGACUCUGCACGUGGGGAUCAGAACAUUGCCAUGUUCUAUCCAACCUCCACCCAAAUGGUAUAUCGACGGGGGCUUCAGGCAAUACCUCUUAGUGUUGAUCUAUGGAUACAUUAUAUAAACUUCUUAAAAGAAACAUUGGACCCUGGUGAUCCUGAGACAAACAGUACAAUAAGAGGAACUUUCGAGCACGCUGUUCUAGCUGCAGGAACAGAUUUCCGAUCUGACAGACUGUGGGAAAUGUAUAUAAACUGGGAAAAUGAACAGGGUAACCUGAGAGAAGUUACAGCUAUAUAUGAUCGUAUUCUUGGUAUUCCAACACAGCUGUAUAGUCACCAUUUUCAGAGAUUUAAAGAACAUGUACAGAAUAACUUGCCUAGAGAUCUGUUAACUGGCGAACAGUUUAUUCAGCUGCGAAGGGAAUUAGCUUCUGUAAAUGGACAUAGUGGUGAUGAUGGUCCUCCUGGUGAUGAUCUACCGUCAGGAAUUGAAGACAUUACCGAUCCAGCAAAGCUGAUUACAGAAAUAGAAAACAUGAGACAUAGAAUCAUUGAAAUUCAUCAAGAGAUGUUUAAUUAUAAUGAGCAUGAAGUUAGUAAAAGGUGGACAUUUGAAGAAGGUAUUAAAAGACCUUAUUUUCAUGUGAAACCAUUGGAAAAGGCACAACUAAAAAACUGGAAAGAAUACUUAGAAUUUGAAAUUGAAAAUGGGACUCAUGAACGAGUUGUGGUUCUCUUUGAAAGAUGUGUCAUAUCAUGUGCCCUCUAUGAGGAGUUUUGGAUUAAGUAUGCCAAGUACAUGGAAAACCAUAGCAUUGAAGGAGUGAGGCAUGUCUUCAGCAGAGCUUGCACUAUUCAUCUCCCAAAGAAACCCAUGGUACAUAUGCUUUGGGCAGCUUUUGAGGAACAGCAGGGUAAUAUUAACGAAGCCAGGAAUAUCUUGAGAACAUUUGAAGAAUGUGUUCUAGGAUUGGCAAUGGUUCGUUUGAGAAGAGUAAGUUUAGAGCGACGGCAUGGAAAUAUGGAAGAAGCUGAACAUUUGCUUCAGGAUGCCAUUAAGAAUGCCAGAUCAAAUAAUGAAUCAUCGUUUUAUGCUAUCAAACUAGCUCGGCAUCUUUUCAAAAUACAAAAAAACCUUCCAAAAUCAAGAAAGGUGCUUUUGGAAGCAAUCGAAAGAGACAAAGAGAAUACAAAGUUAUACCUCAAUUUACUUGAAAUGGAAUAUAGUGGUGACCUCAAACAAAAUGAAGAAAAUAUCCUAAAUUGUUUUGACAGAGCUAUACAUGGUUCAUUACCUAUUAAAAUGAGAAUUACAUUUUCUCAGAGAAAAGUGGAAUUUCUUGAAGAUUUUGGUUCAGAUGUUAAUAAGCUUCUCAAUGCUUAUGAUGAACAUCAAACACUCCUAAAAGAACAGGAUUCUUUAAAAAGGAAAGCAGAAAAUGGAUCAGAAGAACCAGAGGAAAAGAAAGUUCACACAGAAGAUACAACUUCAUCAUCUACGCAGAUGAUUGAUGGUGAUUUACAGGCAAAUCAAGCUGCGUAUAAUUAUAGUGCCUGGUAUCAAUACAAUUAUCAGAAUCCUUGGAAUUAUGGACAGUAUUACCCUCCCCCUCCAACCUGAGAGAAAAUAUAUCAGAUGGAAUGUGUGAAAAAUAC